AUCUUUCAUAAAUAUUAUUUUCAGAGUAGAUAUAACGUUUGUUAAAGCAAGUGGAGAGAGAAUCAAAGCAAAAGGGAAAGUUGGAGAUACUAUGUUAGACAUAGUAGUAAAUAAUGAAAUUGAUUUAGAUGGAUAUGGUGCUUGUGAAGGAACAUUAACUUGUAGUACGUGCCAUUUAAUAUUUUCGAAAGAAGUUUAUGAUGCACUUCCUGACAAACCAACAGAUGAAGAAUUAGACAUGUUGGAUUUAGCAUAUGAAUUAACAGAUACGUUAGUUCAUAAUAAUCAGUCACGGCUAGGCUGUCAAAUAGUAAUGUCUAAGGAACUAGAUGGAAUUGAGGUAAGAGUUCCAUCAACAAUUAAUGAUGCAAGAGCAUAACUGAAAUUAUCUAUAGGUUUUUGAAAAUUUGUAUACAAUGUUAUACAUCUCUUGUUAAAAAACCCUUGUUAUAAUUAUUAAAAUAUUGGUAUUAAAAAAAUAUAAUAAAGAAUCUUGUGUUUAAAUGUGAAGCUUAUAUAUAUACAUAUGUUAUAGUAUAAUUGCAAUUUUGAUAUUUGUACAUUGCCAUUGUAAAAAGCCUAUCCAAUUAUGAAGAAAAUAUAUCUUUUAUUUUUAAUAUA